AUGGCCCAAAACGACAACCAUGCCACCAGUGCUAGCACUGCCGUCAUUCCCUACAGACACCGUUCGUCGUCAGACUCCACAGCCGACGCAAAUAACAUCGACAGUCGUCAAGUUCCCGAGCAUGCCCUCACACCCCAGCCGCAACACGACAUUGCAGCAGACCGCCCCCGACCAGGCUCUCCAGGGGCGGCGAUAAAGCAAGAAGGACCCAGGACCACGCCCGCCACCACGCUCCCCAGAGCGCCCCGCAACGCAGCCGCCGGCCUCAUGGGCCUCCCGACCGAAAUCCGGCAACGGAUCCUCGGCUUCGCCCUCAGCACGAUCCCGCCGCUCCACCCCACCAACGGCGCCUACCUCGCCUCGCUGCCGGCCUCGCGCCGGGUCCGCACGCAAGCCGUGUGGGACAAGCGCGGCAUCGCUACUCUGACACCGACCGGCCUCGACCCGAACUCGGCGGCGGCGGCGGGGCCCUCGUUCGACGACAUGGAGAGAUGGUCGUACCGGGCGCUGGGCCCGCUGUACCUCGUCAACCGGCGGCUGCACGCGGAGAUGGCGUGGGCGGAGCGGGCGUGGCUGGGGCGGCGGGGGGUCGCGGAGCGGGGGGCGCUGUCGCUCGCGGGCUUCGCCGCGUGGACGGCCGCGCCGACGCCCGUCGACGGCAUCCUGACGCUGUCCGUCGCCGUGAGCGCGCCGAAGAAGCCCGGCGGCCAGCUGGCCGGCGGCGGCUGGAACGGCGGCCAUGGCGUGCGGUGGGACUGCGCCAAGCACAUGCGGUUGUGGCGCGCGGCGGCGUUGCUGCUGCCGCCGCCGCCGCCGUCGUCGUCGGUGGCGACGAGGUACGGGAUCGAGGCGGUCGAGAUAGUGCAUGCUCGGUGCUAUUUGGAGCGGACGAACUUCAUAAAGGAUCAGCCGAUGGUCAGUAUGAUGGAGAUGGCCAGGCUGCAGGUCUUACUGCUCAUACGGCUGGGACUUCCGAUGCAGAGAGUGAGGAUAAACUGGGAGUGGGACUAG